GAUAAUAAGAACAAUUUUCCCGUAUAUAAUGAUGCAACAUGUGCUGGAAUUAUAGCAUCAGUUAAUGGUUGUACCAGAGUGUUGAUAUCUGAAGAAGCAGAUGUACUGUUGCCAUCAAUUGGUGCUGUCCUGCCAUCACCGUUUGUGAAUAAGGAUGUUCCUACUGUAAAAUCUGAAGCACGAGUUGAAAUGAUGAAGAUGUUUGAUGGUGACUGUCAUAUGCGAAAAUUGAAAGGCAAUAUAUCAAAAAUGGACAGUUUCAAACAUUCAUUUAUUGGAGCAAGUAGUGGAGGUAUAAUUGUGACAGCUUUGCAGAGAAAAUCUAAUGGAUCUCAAGUUGAUGCAUUUUUUGAACGUCUGAUAAUUUGGUGUUUACGUCCACCACCAUUGAUGUUUGUGCCAGAGAGAUUAUUUGAAAAUUUCGAAUUAUACUAUGAUGUUGAUAGUGACAAAAUGAUGGUCGAUUUCGGUAAUCAAUAUACGACAUUAGCAUAUGAACAAACUGAUCGUUAUUUAAUGGCUAAAAUUGGGAAAAUGAUCCAGUUAACUCAUCGAUUAGUAGGAUUAAUACAAAUCUUAGAAUGGAGUUGGAAAAUUGCUGCUGAAUAUUUACGAAUAAAUGGUUAUUUUACAUCGUGUAUUUCGAACGACUUUAUAUCGAAUAUACGUCAAAUUUUUGAACGUUUACAUGGUGAAGAUAAUGGUGAUAAACGUACGUUUGUGGUAUCGGUGGUAUCUGUUGAACGUGCUAUUAAUAUUUCACAAGCACUUUUGGAGCAAUAUAAAGUAAUUAUGCGGGUACCUGAUGAUCCUGCUCGUGUUGUAUCAGCACAUAGUAAUAAGGUAGAGUCUAAUGCCAUGGAACGUACCAGUAUAAAUCAUAAAUUGGAAAAGUCGAAGUCGAAAUAUGGUGAACAUGUUCGUGGGAUAUUAUUAUUUAAGUCAGUGAUCUUUACAUCAACAACGCUAUAUAAAGCGUGUUCUGUAUUCAGACAUCAUUCUGGAAAUGUUAACUCUGUUUUACAAGAAUUAUUCAAGAUGGGUCUUAUUAUUGCAUUUGAUAACGGAAUUAUUUCGUCAACAAAAAAGGCAGUAGUUUAUGCCAAAUGGCUGCCAAAUGUAAAUGAUCUGGAGGAAUGUCAACGUUUUGAACAGAAGCUGGCAACAUUUAACGAUGAUCUAAUUUCUGCAGAUUCGAUUGUUGCUUGUACGACUGCUAUUUCAUUAUUACCACAUAAAGCUAAUCCAAAACCAGCUGUUUUGAAUUAUUUGAAGAAUGAACGAUACGCUCAAUUAAAGCUUGAUUUUUGUGCGAAUAAUCUUGCCUCGGAAGGUGCAUUUGAUGUUAGCGAAGCUGGCGAAGAUUCAAAUAGUAGCAGCGUCUUGCUCGAGGGUUUGACCAAACCAAAUGAAGUUCCUUUAACAGGUUUUUUUUGUAGUUAUGAUAAAGACUCUAUAACCUCGACGAGAACUGAGCUGCAUAUUUCUACAAAUAAUGGUUCAGUCACGAAUGAACGACGUAUGGUUGCAUCAAAGAAUAUCGAUAAUGGCAAUAACAGUAUGCAAGAAAAUAUAAAUGUUAUUGAUAGUACCCAUAUCAGCUCAGUAAGUUCCUUGGCUGAAAAAGGAUUGAUGAAUACUAUCGAAACAGGUCAAGCUUAUAAUUAUAUAUCAAAGAGAAAAAGUAUUCAAAGAAAUGAAGAAUCGGACGAUGAUGAAGAUAACAUGCCACUUCGUGUGCGGAUUCGAUCAAUUCACAAUAAUGUUGAUCAUUAG